CCCGGCAGGGACCUGCUGGGGGCAGGACCCGGGGAGCAAGAUGGCCACGGUCAUCCCCAGCCCCCUGAGCCUUGGCGAGGACUUCUACCGGGAGGCCAUCGAGCACUGCCGCAGCUACAACGCGCGUCUGUGUGCCGAGCGCAGCCUGCGCCUGCCCUUCCUCGACUCGCAGACCGGCGUGGCCCAGAACAACUGCUACAUCUGGAUGGAGAAGACUCAUCGCGGGCCUGGUUUGGCCCCGGGACAGAUCUACACUUACCCCGCCCGCUGUUGGAGGAAGAAACGGAGACUCAACAUCCUCGAGGACCCCAGGCUCCGGCCCUGCGAGUACAAGAUCGAUUGCGAGGCGCCCCUGAAGAAGGAGGGUGGCCUCCCGGAAGGGCCAGUCCUUGAGGCUCUGCUGUGUGCUGAGACUGGAGAGAAGAAGGUGGAGCUGAAGGAGGAAGAGGCCAUUAUGGACUGUCAGAAACAGCAGUUGCUGGAGUUUCCGCAUGACCUCGAGGUAGAAGACUUGGAGGAAGACAUUCCCAGGAGGAAGAACAGGGCCAAAGGAAAGGCGUAUGGCAUUGGGGGUCUCCGAAAACGCCAGGACACCGCGUCCCUGGAGGACCGAGACAAGCCGUACGUCUGUGAUAUCUGUGGGAAGAGGUAUAAGAACCGGCCAGGACUCAGCUACCACUACACCCACACCCACCUGGCCGAGGAGGAGGGGGAGGAGCACGCCGAGCGCCACGCCCUGCCUUUUCACCGGAAAAACAACCAUAAACAGUUUUACAAAGAAUUGGCCUGGGUCCCCGAGGCACAGAGGAAACACACAGCCAAGAAAGCACCAGAUGGCACUGUCAUCCCCAAUGGCUACUGUGACUUUUGCCUGGGGGGCUCCAAGAAGACUGGGUGUCCCGAGGACCUCAUCUCCUGUGCGGACUGUGGGCGAUCAGGACAUCCCUCGUGCUUACAGUUCACGGUGAACAUGACGGCGGCCGUGCGGACCUACCGCUGGCAGUGCAUUGAAUGCAAGUCCUGCAGCCUGUGUGGCACCUCGGAGAAUGACGACCAGCUGCUGUUCUGUGAUGACUGCGAUCGAGGUUACCACAUGUACUGCCUGAGUCCUCCCAUGGCGGAGCCCCCAGAAGGCAGCUGGAGUUGCCACCUCUGUCUUCGGCACUUGAAAGAAAAGGCCUCUGCGUACAUCACCCUGACUUAGGCCUGGGCUCUCCUUCUCCAGGACCUUUGGGUGGUGCUAUCUUCUGCCUCUUGGAGCUCCUGGCUCUUCCCACCCGGUGUCCCCAGUGGAAGGGACAGGGUGAAUCCUGGGGUGGGGGCAGGGCAUUCUCCCUCUGCAAGUGGAAUGUUACCCUGUGGGUGGGUGGGUCCAGCAGGGUCCCCCCUGACCCCCCUCUUCAUCCCUUGACAAAUGGGCACCAGGCUUCUGCUCCCCUCAAAGCCAUAUCCCGCCUCCAGGCGGGCGUAGAGGGGUAGUGGGUGCCAGCC